GCCGGGCCUUCAAUGCACCAUCUAUGUUAAACGCAAAACCACGAUUACAUGUAGAUAUUACCGCAUCUAUUAUUCUAAUGUGUUUCAUUCUCGGUUCAAAUGAGCAACUGAAAUUCUCCGUUUAAAACGAGAUAAUGGUGCAUACCGUACUGAAUAUUAUGGUUCUUACCCUAUCUAAAUCCCAUUCUUUCAAAAAAGAGACUGGUGGAGAGGCUACUGUAUGUCAUUUUUAUUAUGAUUAACACAAACAUAAAUAGGCCUUUAUUUAUAAUUUUAGUUGUGUUCAAUAAAUCAUAUAAAUAAAAUGAGAAGUCAAAGAUUCUUCCUAGCACCCCGCUAUUAUUUCGCAAGAAAUUUAUCCCAAUAAUAGAUAAACUGUUUUAUAGAAACUAUUUUAAACUCUAUCGUAACUAUUGUCUUACAGAAUGCUGAGUUUGAAUGGUCAGAAGACGAGAUGAAGUUUCUGCAGAGUGCAUUCUUCAUCGGCUACGUCAUCUCGCACGUUCCCGGGGGAAUCAUGGCAGACAUUUAUGGCGGGAAACAAGUGGUUGGAUUUGGACUGCUGCUUUCAGCCAUCUGCACUCUGCUGACUCCGCCAGCGGCCAGGCUCGGCGUUUGGUGGCUCUUUGCACUGCGAAUCGCUAUGGGAAUAUUCCAGGGCCCAACAUACCCUUCACUGAACAAUAUGAUGUCCCACUGGGCCCCUAUUGGAGAAAGAGGCAGAAUUGGAGCGAUGAUUUUUGCUGGUGCUCAAUUAGGAAAUACAGUCAACUUUUUGGGAACCGGCUUUCUAAUUUCUACAUUCAGAGCAUGGGAAACUCCUUUCUACGUUUUUGGAGUGAUCGGUAUCAUCUGGUUUCUGCUUUGGCAGGUGCUCUGCUACAAUGAUCCAAUGACACAUCCUUUCAUCAGCGAACAAGAGAAGAGAUUUCUCAUGGCCUCAUCAGUUGGACAACUCAAGAAAAGAGCGGAUUUACCUAGAACUCCCAUAUUGAAAAUGAUGAUGUCGAUUCCUUUGUGGGCUCUCAUAUUAGCUCAAAUCGGCCAUGACUGGGGUAUAUUCACGCUGUUAACAGUGAUGCCUAUUUACUUCAAGAGUGUCCUUCACUUCUCUUUAAAGCAGAAUGCAGUACUAUCUGCAGCACCCAACUUGCUGAUGUGGUGUGCAGCUAUAAUCUCUGGAUAUUUAGUUGAUUGCAUGAUAAAUAACGGAUUGGGCAUCACAUUCGUGAGAAAAUUAUUUGUUACCAUCGCAUCUUUCGGCCCAUGCCUGGGUAUGCUGUUGGUGGGCUAUGCAGGCUGUGACAAGGUGGGAGUCAGCAUUCCGUUCAUCAUCGGCAUGGGCACGAUGGGUGCAUUUGUGCCCAGCCUCAAAGUGAAUGCUCUCGAUUUGAGUCCCAACUACGCCGGCACCACUCUCGCCUUCGUCAAUGGCAUCGGCUCUCUCGCAGGUAUCGCUUCUCCCGCCCUCGUCGCUAUUCUAACUCCAAAUAGCACUCUAGCUGAAUGGAGGAUUGUAUUCUGGGUUGUAUUUGGCAUCAUGAAUGUAACAAAUUUAGUUUAUAUACUUUUUGGAUCGGCUGAAGUGCAAAAGUGGGACGAAGGAUGAACAAGGACUCCAUUGAUCUUCUCUGAGCGGAAACACAAUAUUAUUUGUUGAAGAGCAUAGCUGUUGAUUUACCACUUGUUCAGAUCUUUUGAUUCAGUAUAUACUACUCAAUCUACUUUAUAAUUAUUGAGUCGAUAUGAAGUGAACAAGGUAAUGAAGUGUUGUCAAGACGUUAAUGAGUACUCUAGAGUGUAGACUUUUUCCUUGUUUAUUUCAAUUCUCCAAUCACUUGAGCAAUUAAUGAUUAUUAAUAUCAUUCAGUCAUCAGGUUAUCCUGAACUGAAUAAGAUUUUUCUGAGGUAUUUGUAUAUUAAUAAAUGAAAUAUAAAAUUUGAUCAAAUGCACAAAGACAA